AUGUUCGCCCUUGACAUCUUCCAGAGGCUUUACACCGUUAUCUAUCCCCCAACUCCACCUAAAAAUGAUGAUGCUAUUCGGAUCGGGUUGCUAGGAGCUUCGAAGAUCGCACCUUUCGUGGUAGUGAAUCCAGCCAGGUCCCACCCGGAUGUCAUCGUGGCAGCUGUCGCAGCUCGCGAUAGUGAACGCGCCAAAAAGUAUGCUACGGCACAUGGGAUUCCUAUUGUGCACUCAUCUUACCAAGAAAUGCUAGAUGACCCAUCGAUCGAUGCAAUCUACAUUGCUCUGCCAAACGGCCUGCACUACGAAUGGGCCCUACGAUCGAUUCGUGCAGGAAAACAUGUUCUUCUCGAGAAACCAUCAUGCUCAAAUGCUAUUGAGGCAAAGAAGCUGUUCAAUCAUCCAUUGAUAACUGCUCAGAAUGCCCCUGUUCUUCUGGAAGCCUUCCACUAUCAAUUCCACCCAGCCUGGCAGACGUAUCUCUCGGAGGUUCGUAAAUCGCCUGGAGCCAUCAAAUCCAUUUAUGGUGAAUUUUUUGUUUCACCGGGUAUUUUGGGGCCUGACGAUAUUCGCUUCAAAUAUGGCCUGGCUGGUGGUUGCAUGAUGGACGUGGGAACAUAUCCUCUUUCCUCUGUUCGCCAAAUUCUGGGACGUGACAAGAUCCUUGAGCCAACUAGUGUCAGCUACCGGGGAUUACCACCUGGAGCCGAUGGAACAGUCACUGAGCCCCAGAUUGAUGAGGCAGUCGAUGUCACAUACCGCACAACUGACUCGAUCGAUAUCCUCGUACGCGGAGACCAGGUCGCGGAAGGAAACUGGCCUUCCUUUUUCCCAGCGUCGUGGACCCGGAAGUUACCUUCUUUCUAUUGGCCGAAGAACUCUGUUACUUUUGAGCCGGUGCUUGCUGACACGUCGAAUGACGAGGGGAGCCAGCACUUUGUGCAACGGACCUUGACCAUGCGGAAUUUUAUAAUUCCAACUUUCUACCAUCGGAUUGAUAUCUCGGAUGAGCAUACCCUGCGACGCGGAGAUGAAAUAACCAAGACCUGGAAUGAGACAACUUACAAAACGGCAUACAACUGGCCCGAAGGAGACAAGCGUGCCGCAGUAUACAAAGACUGGUGGACUUCAUAUCGCUGUCAGUUGGAAGAAUUUGUGAAUCGAGUCAAGGGUCGUGAGGGAUCUGGUGUGUGGGUUGAUGGAGCAGAGAGUAUUGCGCAGAUGGAGGCCAUUGAUCGAACAUAUGAGAAAGCUGGAUUGCAGAUUCGGCCGACCAGUACAUUCGAGUUGUAG